GGAAGAGGUCAUGUGAAUCCAAAGGGUUUACGGUUCUACAAAAACCUCAUAAACGAGCUUACAAGUCAUGGAAUUGAACCGCAUGUUACGUUGUAUCACAAUGAUCUCCCUCAGGCUCUUGAAGAUGAAUACGGAGGAUGGAUUGAUCGCAAAAUCAUCAAUGACUUCACAGCUUUUACAUACGUUUGCUUCAGAGAGUUUGGCAACAAAGUGAAAUUCUGGUCAACCAUUAAUGAGCCCAAUAUGAUAGCACGGGGAAGUUAUGAUUUGGGAGUUAUGCCUCCUAACCACUGUUCUCCCCCAUUUGCAUUGGUUAGCUGCUCCAGAGGAAACUCUUCAAUAGAGCCAUAUAUUGCACUACAUAACAUGUUGCUUGCACAUGCAUCUACCGCAAGAUUGUAUAAGCAAAAGUAUAAGGAUAAGCAAAAUGGGUCUCUAGAGGACAAGAUCGCAACUCAGAGAGCCAAAGAUUUCUAUUUAGGCUGGUUUGUUGAACACAAUCAUCUGAGAAAAUUGGGUCUUAUUUUCAAAUUCUUUUCCGGCUGGUCUGAUGAAAAGGGCAACAACAUUUCAUCUGUGAAUUUCCAGGGUUCUGAAUCCACUGAUUAUCCUGACGUGAUGAAGAGAAUCGUUGGAAAAAGAUUGCCAAGUUUUUCGGAACAAGAAUCUGUUCUCGUUAAAGACUCAUUCGACUUCUUGGGACUCAUACGCUACACAACAAGAUACAUCAAACAAUUAUCCAUUUCCGGCCAAAGGAGAUUAUACUUCAGACAUGAAUGCUUCAGUGAGCCGUAUGCUUUUCUUUCCUGGGAUCUUUAUAUUUUUUUUCAAUUUACCAUACACGAGUCCAAUGCUGAUUCUCUAUGUCAUUUUUCUGGGACAGUGUAUGGGAAUUUUACACUGCCCGAGAUUGAUGUGCUUCCUUGGGGUCUUGAAGGAGUGUUGAAUUACAUUAAGCAGAACUAUGGCAAUCCUCCUGUCUACAUUCUUGAAAACGGUCGACCUACCAACCACCAUUCAUCGCUUCACGACGUGGAAAGAGUGGAAUACCUUCAUGCUUACAUUGCUGCCGUGCUCAACUCAGUGAGGUGUGAAUGGGUCAGAUACAAGAGGCUACUUCCAAUGGUCGUUUAUGGAUUUGUACGAAUUUUUUCAAUUACAACUACACAUGAAUUAUACCAUGUGAAUUUCAGCGAUCCGGAACGUAAAAGAUCUCCAAAAACCUCUGCUCUUUGGUACUCUGCUUUACUGAAAGGGUCGAUCGUUAGUUCACAAGUGAACCUGUCGGUGUCUUCUUAUCAUGGUUUGGUUUUGCUUCUCAGUAAUUUUAUUUCUUUUGGUCGAAAGCUUCUCAGUAAUAUAGGAAUUGGAAAAUCUAUG